UUCUCCAACGAUUCUGGUGCCGCGGGCCGCUGCCAGCGCGGGUUGUCACCAUGAUCGAUGAAAGGCAAGGCGUGCCACGACUUGUGGUGCAUAAUACAUUUCUGGAGUUUGACGAUCAAUCAAAGGAGGAAAAUCGCAGGCCCCGAGCCCAAACGGACAUCACAGAACGGAAAGCACCGCGCAAAGUGUCCUACCACGUGGAUGAAGACGAGCGAGCGGCUCAUGCGCACUUUGGCCUUGGGACCGUGGCCGAGGAGCUGCCUCCUGGAGUGGCAGAUGCGGCCCAGAUGAUGCGCCUCCAGCAGCAACUUCAAGCACAUGCAGCUGGAAGCACCAUGGCCGCAGCGGCAGCAGCUGCCUCCCUGAAUCCCUUGCUGGCACCACCUUUGCCCUUGCCUCAUGCCGGGUAUUAUCCUGGCCUUUCACCCUGGCCUGGUCUUCAUCCUCAGGCUUUCCUCCCCGGAGCUUUAGCACCCCCUCUGGGAGCAGUGCCUCCGGCAGGUGCCUGGCCCUAUGCCCUGCCAUAUGCUGGUCUUGAUCCCACUGUGGCUGCCAUGGCAGCAUCUGCUGCAGGAGAAGCCGCUGCUGCGGCCGCAAAUGCACAGGCACGAGCUGCUGCUAUGACGCUGAAAGGCCGCGGACGCACCCGCAGUGAACGCAGCCGUGCUGCGAGCACUGACAGUUCCGGGCUGCCUGCUCCCCAAGUGCAGAAACCGGCGGCAGAGAAGACGCCUCCAAGCCCGCCAGUGAAUGGCACGACCAUCAUGCUCCGGAAUCUUCCACAGAGGUUCACGCAGAAAAGCAUGCUGGACUUGCUGGAUGGCGAAGGUUUUCAUGCGAAAUAUGACUUUGUGUAUUUGCCCAUGGAUUUCCGACAUGGUGUCAACCUGGGCUACGCCUUUGUGAAUACCCUCACCAACGAGGAUGCUCUGAGAGCCAUCGAGAUCUUCCAGGGUUAUGAUCGCUGGACCGAGGAGUGCGACAAAGUCUGUGAGGUGUCUUGGGCCCAUCCUCAUCAAGGACUUCAGGAACACGUGGAGCGGUACCGCAACAGUCCCGUGAUGCAUCCAACUACACCGGAGGAGUACAAACCAAUGAUCUUCGCCAAUGGACAGCGCGUCCAAUUCCCUGGUCCGACCAAGGCCAUUCGCGCUCCAAAGCUGAAAUACACUCCCAAUACUCCCACAGACUCCAAGUGAUUGGACGAUGUGAUUGGUUUGGGCAAACGUAGCUGACCACCGAGUGAUGGAAGUCGAACACAUGGAUUUGAAUUGGGGUUUCCAUAAAUGAUGGUACCCCAACAGCUG